AUGCGUGUCUAUAUCCUGUCGAUUUCGCUCCUCGCUACACUCAACUCAGGUGUUGCACUCAAUAUGAGAGUAGAAGCACCCCAACACUCAGAGAAAGCCAAGAUUGACCAUGGCUUCACUCCGACACUCUCUGUAGACAUGAACGAAGAACGAGCUUUGAAUUGGUCCAAUCUAACACUCAAGAUGCUAGAAGGAUUAAUAGAGAAGGCGGAGGACCUUGCUAAAAAACUAUCGCAUUUCACUUCCGAGUUUCGUGUCAUAAUGAGUCUCCCUAGUAUCAAUGGACCUACACCAUAUCAUUUGUUUUCUCACAGUUUUGGGGCUAGUUUAAAGGGAAAAGCAUAUGAAACUCCCGAAUCUGUCUCAGAGCACUUGACCAAAGAGAAAAAAAUUCUGAGCGAAAUCGAUAUUCGAUCAUUGCUCGAAGUCAUCGAGGACGAAACCUUGAGAGCAGAUACAUUAAACGAUAUGCUGAAGUCGCAAGACGCGACUCCAACUCCAGCAGUGUUCUUGGAAAAGCUGAAAUCGGUGCCGAAGUACAAAGACUUUGCCACUGACAAGAUGGAAGGUAUCUUCAGCAAGUGGAAUCCCAAGAAUGGUGUCGAAAACGCUUUUGCAGCGUCUCGUGAUCCCAAGUUCGAGAGCCUUUACAAUCAGGCUCAAGCCAGGGUCCAAGACAUAAAAAAUGCAGUGAAAAACUGA